AUGCAGCUGCAGCAACAACAGCAACAACAACAGCGACAGCAGCAAGAGCAGCAGCAGCAGCAGCAGCCGAGUGGAGGUGGCAGCAACGGCAGCAGCCACAAGAGCAAAGGCAGCAACGCACCCGCCACCCCAAGGGCGUGUGGCCUCAUCGUGUGGGAGUCCUUCUCCGCAGGCUCCCAGCGAGCACAGCAGCAGCUGGCCCAGCAACAGCAGAUAUUGCAUCAUCAAUCUCAACAGCGUCAGCAACAACAGCAAUCGCAAGGACUUGUCCCUAAAACAUAUGCUUCAGCAACUCAGAGGACCUCUGCCCUCCAGGUCAAACAGCAAAAUCAGCAGCAGAUGCAACAACAGCAGUUCCAGAUGGCACCACUGCAGUUCGUGCCACGCGGCCACGCCUCGCAGGCCUCCUGCUCGCCCCUCGUGCAGCUCCAGCCGCAGCAGACGCAGGCGCAGCUGCUGCAGGUGGUGCACCAGUUGCACCGCGCGCAGCAGGCGCAGCAGAUGCAGAGCGCGCAGGUACUGCACCUGACGCAACAGCUGCAGCGCGUGCAGCAGCAGCAGUCGCAGUUCCCGCAGCUGGCGCGCCUCACCCAGCAGCUGGCGCAGCUGUCG